AUGAACAAAAAGAUUGGCGUGUAUCGGUUGUUGUCGAUGAAAUACCAAAAUCAAGUGACUGCCAAACGUCAGCAGUUAAUAUCAAGGAUAGCUUUGGCUAACCCUUUUUAUUCCUUCAUGAGCGAUUCCCAUCUGUUUACUUUGUUGAACGAAGUGUCGAACUUUUUUCACCUUACAGAUAUUGAAAUUUGUUUUUUGGCGAUCCUUUUGAAUAGAUUCAAAAGUUUUUACUCAUUCACUCAUGAAGAAAUUCUGUACAUUAUAGCUUAUAUCGCCAAGGCCAAUUUUUCUUCCAGAAUGAAAACUUAUGAAGAAGAGUUAAAAAUCCGGUUUCCAAAUUUUCUUCUGAAAUACAGCAACUUUAUAAACGCAAAUUUUAUAAAUCAAGGCUUAAGUACUGCAGAAAUUUCAAGAAAGUAUAAGGAAUUAAGCGAAGAAAUUGUGGUUUCGCAAAGAAAAAUUGAUGAAUUAAAUGAUAAUCUUAAUGCGAUUAUGGUAACAGGAUAUAAAAGAAAGCCAAAAUCAUUUAACGAAAAAGAUGAGCUGGAGGUUGGUGCUCAUUUGAAGAAAAUAAAAUUUGAGUUUUUUGGUGAAAAUUUUGAUGAUUUGGACUCGUAA